GACAGAAAAGUAACAAUUCGUAAAUUCGUGCUUUUUUUUAAAAGUAUGCCUUGCUGUCCAACUUUACACUUUUACAGUUAUUUACCAAGAAAAGUAUAUUUUGUAGGCCGAAGUAAAUAAAUUAAUUCUUUGUGCCGAAUCAGAUACCAAACAAAUUUGUUUGAUUUAAGUUGAGCUUCACCUAUAACUAUGGUUUGCACAGCUGUACUAAAUAAUUUCAAAUUAAUAGUUUCAAUUGCAGUAGUUUUGGCAGCUUACUUAUAUCAUAUUAAAUUGAAGUUACACUAUGAAGAUUUUUUAAAAGAUUCUAAUGAUGAUAAAAUCGGCCUUUUUUCUGCACGUAAAUUAGGAGAAUUUGAUGGCGAGACACAGAGUGAUUUGUAUUUAGCAGUAUUAGGCACAGUUUUUAAUGUUACUGAAGGAAAUAGACAUUACAAAAAGGGUGCAGCAUAUAAUUACUUUAUAGGUAAAGAUGGAUCCAGAGCCCUCGUUACCGGAAAUUUCAAAGAUGAAAGCGAUGAAAAAGAUCAUGUAAUGGACUUAUCUUGUAAUGAUUUACUAACCCUUGUCCAUUGGCGCAAUACUUUCAGAAAAAAAUAUAAAGAAGUUGGUGUUGUCAUGGGAAGAUUCUAUGACACUGAUGGCCAAGAAACAGCUUACAUGAAGGAGUUUGUCAACAAAAUAAAACAAUGUGAAGUGAAGAAAGAAACUGCCAAAAGGGAAGACCAGAAAUAUCCACCUUGUAAUGUUGCAUGGUCUGCUGAUGAAGGCACGAAAGUGUGGUGUACCAAAUCAAGUGGUGGUGUUAAAAGGAGCUGGAUUGGGGUUCCUCGGCAACUCUUCACUCCUGGAGUAGAAAAGCCUCGAUGCAUCUGCCUCAAUGAAAUAGAGAGUGAUGCUGUAGGACUCAUAAAAGAAUAUGACAGUUGUCCAAAAUCUUCUACAGAAUGUAUUGUUAAAACUUAGUAUUAUAAUUAUUCCACAUUGAUUAGUAUUAAUAUUUAAUAAGUCUUUUUCAUUCUAUUAAUUAUUUAAUUUUAUAAGUUUCCAAUAAAUAUGUACUACAUAUGAAAGUUUUAUUGAAUCUCAAUACUAGAAUUUUUAUCAUAUUAUUAGCCAAUAAAAAAUCUGAAGUAAUUAAUGAAUAACUGAAGUUUAUUUUGUACAAACACUGAUACACAUGUAGAAUAAUACCAUUGGUAAUAAGUCUUAUCAAAAUCAUUACACCUUAUCUUUAAGCGGCAAAGAUGCUUCUGUUUUCACUACUUCAUCUAAUUCCAAACACUCAAUAUUUUUAAGAAACACUUGCAUAGGGAUCUUUUUUCUAUUCAAAAAGGAUUUAUUUCCCAGAAGCUUCUUUAUUUUAGCUCUACGCUUCUUAAUCUUUUCUUUAGUGUAUUGAUUACCUAAUUGGAAUGUUAACAGUCUUUUUACCUUCCUCCCACCAAUAAGUACUUCAGUCUCAUUAUUCUGAGCCUUUGGUUCCUCGUAAAUAGUUUCUAAAGUCUGUGAUAAUGACUUUACUUUUUUGUUCAGAUACAAAGCUUCUAUUUGCUUAGGGUUUGCAUUUUCAGUCAUAAUACGUUUACUAGGCUUCAUACUAACUCUACGAUUUGAUGAUUUACUUGUUUCGGGCAUUAUAGAUUUUCUUUUUCUUAAAACUCUGGAUGGCAACUCAGACACUUUAGAUUUAUUUUCACCGACUUCAGGAGAGGUUUCGUCGAUCUCCAUUAUGUCUAAAUGUGCCAUUUUAUUUGGCAGCUCACUGUCUAAUCUGUAAAAGGGCAUUCCUUAAUUAAUAUUGCUUACUGCCACUU